GCUUAGAGUAGUUGAUAGUGGAAGAAAAUUGUCUAGUUAGGAAUUUAUCAAAGAUGUCUUCAAUGUUGGAUGUUAAUGAGUCCAUCAUUGAUGGGUGUUGGUAUUACGGUUCUCUCUUCAGUCCAAAGAGUAGUAAUGAUCUUGAUGCAAUUUUUAGUGUGAGUCUAGGUCAUAAUGAGAUUACUGACAUUGUUCGUGGUGUUUUUGAAGAUGAAAAUUGUCAGCAACCCAUAGCAAGGAAUAAACAAAUAUUGAGAGGAGAAAGUAGUAAUAGUAGUAGUUCAUGUUUUGAGGACUCAAGAGAUUUUGAUUCAGUUAAAAUCUCUGAGGAAGAUGCAGAAAAGGAGGUUGAGUGUCUUGCAAGUAUGUUUAGAUCUUUGGAUGCAGAUGGUGAUGGAAGAGUUAGUUCAGAUGAGAUUGUGAGGUUUUUGGAGAGAUUAAGUUUGGAAAUGCCAAAGGAGGAGGUGGAAUUAGCUGUGAGAUCAGUGUCUGCAUGUGGUGAUGACUUUCUCACUUUAAUUGAGUUUGGUGAGUUCUAUAGAAUUGUAUUUGCAGAUAAGGAGGAGGAAAUGGAUAAUGUGAAGGUUGAGAAGGUAAUUAGUGAGGCAUUUAAUGUGUUUGAUCAAAAUGGAGAUGGGUUUAUCAGUGCAGUGGAGUUGGCUGAUGUUCUCUCCAGAUUGGGUUUUGUGGAGGGGAAAGAUUUGAGUUGCUGCGAGAGCAUGAUCGAGAGUGUAGAUUAUAAUGGAGAUGGGUUUGUGGAUAUUCAUGAGUUUAGGCAUUUAAUCACCCGAACUUCUUCUAGUGAUUAUCCUUGUCUCCAAUGUGUUGCUGCAGUCUAAUGCCCACAAUAUUUAAUGGCUAGAAUAAAUAUCUAGAAAGUUAUCGAUCGUCUGUCUUUUCUUGCAAUUGUAUUGCACUGAAACUCUUCUCUGGUGAUGUAAUUUCAGAUGUCCAUGGCAUAUGAGGAAAUUUUGUGAGUAAGUAGGGAAAAAUUUUGUAAGUCAGUAAGGAAACAACUAUGUUUAUCCAUUUUUGAUGUAUCA